AUGGCGAAGUAUAAGCAAUAUCAUCAGCGUUUGGUUGUUUCUGCAUGUUAUGCGUUACAUAAUUUCAUAGGCAUCAAUAAUAGAAGAGAUGUACUGUUUAACAUGUGGGAGAACGUUGACGUUGAUAGGGAUGAUAUGCAAACUGGAAACAGUGGGAAUUCUUCUGAGUCGAGUGCAAGAUCAAACUCAGAUACACAAUCCCUAACAAAACCCAAAUUGUACACUAACCCACCCUCUUUGCGAAAUGACCCCAGUUUUCCUCUGUAUCAAACUCAAAUCCCGAAUUUGAACAAUGGGUUCUCAAAAAGUUCAGAUCUUUUUGGGUUUGAUUAUGAUCUAAAUGAGUUUGGAGGAUUUGAUUGUGAUGGGUUUGAGUCUAUUGGGUUAGUGAACACUGACCCAAUUGUUAUAGAAGAGAAUUCUGGGUCUGGGUCUGGGUUUGGGUCUAUGUCAGAGGGGGCUAAUUCAUCAAAUGGGUUGCUCUGUGUUAACCCGAUUGUUCAGGAAGUGAAGGUGAAAGAAGAAGUGGAAAAGCAAGAAAUAGCAACAGUGGGUGAGGAGGAAAAGAAUGAGAUUCAAAAGCUCUCUGAUGAGCUAAUGGCUUAUGAGAACUUCAUGAAGUUCUAUCAGAUUCCGUACUAUGAUGGCCAAUCAGUGGCACCACCGGUGACCAUUGCUGCCCAGGGAAACCUCGUGGAUGAUCUCUGGAGCUUCGAUGAUGAUGAGGCUGUUGGCAGCUCUGUCCCUCUCCCUAUGUAAUGUAACAUAGUCGUUUGUGAACUUGGAGUUCAUGUAAAUUUAUGUUUUGGUCUAAGGUUUUUUAUUUUAUUUAUUUUAUUUUUUUUA